AGACACUUUUCACAGGACCAUCGAAAAAGCGAAUUGUUGAUAGACCCACGAUUCUUAAGCGCAGCGAAAGCUGCGGCUGAUGAUUCAUUCGAUUAUUAGCAAAAGAAUAGCAAAGGCAUGAUGAUCAACACAACCCCCCGCCGGUCUUCCCCAGUGCGGCGCUUCCCACUCGCUGUGGGGCCGCAUCCACACGAAUCGCAGCGCUUUCCGUAUUGAUACUUUCUAGAAUGAAGGUCUAGAACGAAGGUUCAGGUUACUUUUUUGAGGACAAAAAUGAAAAUGAUAACCCUCUUCUGGAGCUCCGGUCGAACUGUUGCAUUUUGCAACUUUGUUGACUAUAGUUCGCGUUGUUGUAGCUUGCAGUUUGUAGCAUAUAUUCAUAUAAUUUCAUAUCACCUUGCACUUGCUAUUGCUUUUGCUCGACGUUGAUGCUGAAUGAAUAAUGUUGAUGUUCUUUUCAACUUUCGUCAGAGUACCUCCGAAAAACGCAGCGAAUGAAGCUGAGGCAGUAAGUAUCGUCAUCGGUGCCCACGUCGGAAAAGGAAUGAGGCUCGGAGGCGCCCGCGAAGAACCAGAGACACUUGAGGUGGCCGAUAUACAUCUCAAACCCCUUCCCACAGCAACGCUACAGAACCACCGUACUAACUUUGGGCACAGUCCUCGCGUCUUUAUGCAAAAUCAUGCUUAAUAUGGCUUAGUGUAGUUGCUGUUAAUACUACACACACUGCAGCUCUAUACUUAGUUGAUUUUGAUAUAUAACUCUGCAUUAUUUUGUAGUUUCCGAUUUCACAUCAACUAGUACCUCUGCUAAGCCACCAUUUUUAUUAUAUUUCAUGAAUUAGCAUGAGCAUGGCACUACUACUUGUACAUUGUUAGUACAAGCUAAAAACCACAAACUAACAGAGGACUCGUUAUUCAUCCAGCACUCUUUUGUUGUUGACAAAGAGCGGCGCCUCGAAGAUGCCGCUAUAAAUCGCCUCGCUCGUGAUGUUGAUGGAAAGAGAGCGUCUGUUGUGUACGUAAAACAACGCAGAAACAGCCGGAAAACACCGAGAGAGCGACGCGAAGCAAGAGAAUCUUCACCACAGUUCUGCGAAAACGCAUUGAGCUCAUCGCUAUACUUAAGGCGGUGGCGUGAUAUAAAUAAAACACAAAAUAAUCAAUGCUAGUGAUACUGUCGGCGUUUGUAAACAACUUGCUAUUGUUCUUAUCGAAAUAGAAACUCUAUAAAGAUUCUUAGUCGUAAGACAGUCGUGACAUUUCUAUAUAUGUUCAAGGGCGCGGGGCGACGCCCCCCCCCUAGCGGGUGCCCUGGACCCCUUUUGGAGGCGUCUGCCGCGGGGGAAGGCCUCAAAAGGGGGCCCAGUGGCCUCCCCCCUCCGCUCCCUUCCAGCUGCCUCGCUGUUCCCUAGGGGCCUCCGAUGGUGGUGGGAGGCUUGAAAAGGGGCCCAAGGGACCGCCUGCGCCCCCGUCCAGGUGCCUGCUUGUGCCCUAAGUGCAUCCGUUAGGCUUCGCCGCCGCAGCCGUGCCGCCUGUACCUUCCGGGCCCUUGGUCAUCGGCUUGCUUGCUCUUGCGACCGUGGCCGCCUUCGGCGGCCUUUUACCCUGGAGACCUCCCGCCUGCGAGGGUCAGUAGAGGCCAGGAGGUCCCUGAGGAACACGCUGAGAGGCCCAAGGGGAGGCCCGCGCCAAGUUUUGACACCUUCCACCACUAGAAUCCGCGAAAAAUCCGCGCGGCAAAGCGCGCGCGCGUCACCACAGACCAGACCACAGGGGGGGAGGGGACCCCGUGCGGCCCUGGGUCAUAUAUUAAGGGAGUGGGUGGAUGAGAAACAUGACAAAGACGCUACAUCUGAGUUUCGAACUACGAUAAACAUGAAUGUCAUUGCGUGUGGCAAAAAGUUCUCAUAUUAACCCCAAGUAGCAUCGUCGGCAUUCAGUAAUAGCAUCGUUGUCCCUUAUCAACAUCAUCGGCUUGUUGCAGUCUCGUGGUGCAGCGCGGUCUUCUAUGCCCGUUUGAUUUUCUUUAGCACGAGCUAGUAAAAGGAACUCAGACUCGCGCAUUUGACCUUGAAUUCGAGCUUUCCCUUCGUUGCGUGACUUUAGGUCUCCCCCUUCUUGUUGUCAGGAUUUUGCUCGCAUCGGAGAUCUUGGCUACACUCGAGCACCUUUUGAAAAAAUUCUAAAAAGCCCUAUGCAAUUCCCAUCUGUCGGCCCAGACCAGCACGAGCAGCAUGAUCUCUGUCUACCAAUGACCAUGGCGUCUCCUUGUCAUCAGGUGGAUUCCACGACAACGCCAACGUCGUGCAUCGGUCAGGUCGUGCGAUCACCCGCGACCGGUUGUAUCGGCGUGAAGACUCCGUCCGGUGUCUUCGUCCCAACUGAAGCACCAGCUACACCCGCAAGUAAUACGAUGCAAGAACAGCAGAGAGGCGUGCCAAUGCCAAGCGGCAACCACACAGUAUGGAUGUAGUUCAUGUUGUAAGUAGUUUAGAUUAGCUGACAUUCGCUCCGCGUAACCGCCUUCCAUCUUUGAGUUUGAAGUAGGAGAUGAAAGACCAUCUUCCGUCCAGCGGCGCCUGUCUUGACCGUUCCACUCAAACUCAGUCACAUGUAAGAAAAUGUGCCAGGGGUGGGGGGAAGACGGAGCUUAUUAUCUAUCAUGCUUGUGUUGUAUGAGAAGAAUAGCAGAACUACUACUUACAACAGUCGCAGCCCUCAUAGAAACGCGUAGAAUACCAGGACGGAGGAGCCGUCGAAGGUGAUAGAGCAUUCCUCUGCAUUUUUGUGGGUUCGAAGAGUUCGCUCUACAUGUUGGUAGGCAUGGAGAAGUUGGAGGAAUGGAAAUUGAGGGAAGGCCAAGGCUACUCGGUGUUCGAGGGGCAGCAAGAUUGCCAAAAAUCUCCGGGUCAGCGUCAUCGUUUUUUAAGGCUCAUUGUUCUCUUUGACCCUUAUAGUUAGUCUGAGCGAGAUACGAAAUAGAAUGAUUGGAAUAGGCGCCGUAGUACUUAAUUUCGUCAGGAGGUGGAAGGGCAAGAACUACAGCGCUCGACGUUUAAACUUGAGCAAUAACAUCGGCUAUGAUAUUUACUUGCGGAAAUGGGGACCUCGAUGAUCACAUCAUGAGAAAAAUCAAUAUCCCCUCUAAUGCUGUGCUUACCUUCGGAGAUGAGGCUGCGUCGGAUGCUUCCGACAAGGAGCCGAGGAAUCGCGCUACAAGUGGUGGACGAAGUUGCGUGGGACGUCGUGAAAGUUGAGGCCCAGCAAAGUAAUCCAUUCUCACGAGCUCGCUGCUCUAUCAUUUCAUGCACCAGAAAGACUGUCUACGCUAUUAAGAUCAAGGACAACCAGGGGGGUACUACUUUCACAAAUACACAACUUUGCGUCUUGGCACAGUGAGAAAUGGGCUAAAAAGUAAUUAAGUGAGAUCUUUUGAGCUUUAACAACAAUGAAGAAGGAGGCCCCUCUCCAUUGCGGAAGCGAAUUCACUCGAGCACAGAAGACGACUUAGUUUUAUCUCCUUUGCUUCGUCCACCAUCCCACAAACAGCACAGUCGCGACGAGUUUGAAAUGCACCAAGGUGCCGACUUAUUCCUCAGUAAGUCUUAGAUGGAGUUCCUCUAUCUCCUCUAUGUAUUUACUUUUCUUGAUGAUCAUAAUUGCCUCUCUCUACAAUUAGAUGCAAAGGAUCUCAGUCUCAGACUUAUGGAGGAGCAGGCAUCUUUGAACGCAACAGAGCAGGCAUGCCUCGGUUUCUUAUGAUGUAUUUUCAUUCAGAAACUUAGCUACUAGCCUCACUAUAGCGUAGAACGAAAUAAAGAAGACUACGACGAAAUCACAACCUCCAGUUCUGAUUUUCGGCGGCGCACUUCUGAUUCCCAGCGACUUGGUUUUGGAGGUAUCUCUCAAUCUGGAGAGUCGUCGCGAUUUCAUCAACAUAUACGGGCCGCAAGGAUGCGAAAGUGGCGGUGACUGGACACGUCUAAAGAGUCCCAAAGAAAUUGGUGACCGUCUCAUUCGAGCCUGGAACUGGCGAAGUGGAGGCGGACAAGAUGAAGGCACAAUAUAUUCAGUAUCCUCGAAACGAAAUUCCGAUGCCUUUUUCAGCUCUAUCCUCAUCUUCUUUUCUACCUGAUUCGUGGGUCUGUCACUAUCUCGCGCGCAUUGCGCUUCUCCAACGGCUCUGUAGGUCUAGGUGCAGGCAAUGAAUAAUAUAGGCGCUCUCUACAUCAUCUAUCAUCACAACUGCUUUCUACUCAUCAUACGCACGCACCCAUUUAUACCAGGAGACGACGGCACGACUCUCCUGGAGUGGAAGAGGAAACCCGGACGCCCGUUGCCAAGAUGAGAUCCCUCUGCCAUUGUUUUUUAAUCGACUUGUAUCAUUCUACAAAGGGCAUGGGACUAAUAAGUAAAUCAUGUAAAAAAUGAAUCGUUUGCGUUUCAAACUUACGAAACCAAAUCCAAAAGGUUGAUGACAUUGACAACGUGACGCCAUAACUCUGGUCGAGAAGAACGCACUAAGUCUAAUCCCUCUUGAUCCGGAGGAAAAUCCAAAUUUCAAAUAUAUAAUGAAGCAGAACAAGAUGGUAACCGUAACUCAUCAUCACUCCCCAAAUACGCAGUGCCCAACCACAUCGAGACCCAUUCGCAUUGAUUCCACAACCAUUGAAUUCAGCAUUUCAAAUACAAAUCCCCUUGAUGAUCCCCAGCACUGCACGAUCGAUCAUGGUUAUAGUACGUACGUGACUGCGCCCGGGUCU